UGUCUUUAAUCAAAGCAUUAGCAUGGUAACUUGAAGGAGGUAUAUACUUCGAUGACCAUGCUAAAAGAAUGUUUGAUAGUGAAUAUCUUAGUUUUAUUUGUGGAGAUUUGUGCAAGUGUGAGGAACUGUAGCUACCAUGAAUACUGGAACAAAUCAACAAAGAAGUGUCAGCCCUGCUCUCAGUGUCAGCUACCACAAAUAACAGGGACACCAUGCACAAAUACAUCAGAUGUGGUCUGUAUGGACCUAAAGCAUUUAAACUUUAGUUUUAUAGUGGAUGAUUCUCCUAAGGUAACAUCACGUCUUCCAUUUCAAAGAGAUCUUUUGUACUUGGAGGGAGAAAAUGACACCUGGAGGCUGCUGGCCUAUAUCCUAAUUGGUGUUCUAUGUUUUCUAGUCGUGACAGUUAUUGUGAGCCUGUUAGUGUCAUGGCACUGCAUCAAGAAGAGAAAAGCCACAAUGAAUAGAAAUUAUGUGGAGGGAGAAGGGGAAUAUGUGGUGAUAUGCAGACUUCCCGAUCUAGUCAGCCACCCUCCACCUACAGAGAUCCUCCCUGGAUCCCCGCCCCUGAGUCCCCACAGACGGUCCUCCAGACGUUCUCGAUUUUACCGAAACCACAGAAUCUAUCGCCCACAGAGACGUCUAAUGAAUGAGUAUGUGGAUGAUGUCUUUGAAUCAGAGGAUUCCGGAGGAUCUCGGUCCAUUCGGAUACCCCUUCACACUAUUCCAGAGGAUAUUUGAGGAGAUAUCCAUUUCAUAGGAAAGAAUAAAAUGGUUUUCUUUUUUUACUUUCUAUAUAUAAUUAUAGUGGAUUGCUAAGGAAAUUCAUUUUUUUUUCAACCAAGUAGGACUUAACAUCCAUUAUUUCUAGAAAUGCAUUUAGUGUCUUUUCCACAAGUCGUUUGUAUUAAUAUUUUGCCAUAUGUCUGAUCUCAGUCAAACAUAGAUAGAUAUUUGUACAUUUACUUUAAUACGUUCGGUAGGGUACUUUGUUCUGCUGUAAAUAAAAGAAUUACGGAAAUUUGAUUUAAGAGUAAGUUGAAUGUUUGCAAGUAAUUUUCCCCAAUUGAUAUUUGCCUCAAAACUUACUAAAACUAUUAAUUUUUAAUCGAAUAUGUCAUAGGAUUUUGUGUUUCUCAAUUGUUACAAGGGAUGAAUUUAUUAGCUAUUUUUGUCUAAAGAAAUACACCAAUUAACAAGAAUAUAAACUUGUUGAAACAGGAAACUUUAUAACUCUAGCUUAGCCAAUCUGUACCUGCGUCGUCACUGAAAUUUUAUAGGACAGACAAUCAAAAUAUUGGAUAUGUCACAAGAGGGCACGAGUAAUUCAUCAUAAACGUUUUUUUUUCAUUGGCAAUAAACCAGGAACUUAUUUAAGAUUUUAAGUGUUAAAAAUAAAUAUUAUUUUCCUUGAUCGAUUUAAAUAAAAUUUUGAGUCUUGUCACGGACUGCUGCAAAGUUUCUUUGAAGCAUCUACUAGUAUAAAAAAAAAUUGAGGGUAUAAAAAAAGAGUAUUUUAAAAAGAAAGUUGAGAGUCAAAUUUCUAAUGACGACAUACAUGUAACAGUAUUUUUUAUUUCAAUCCAUUUUAUACCGGUUAUAAAUUGAACUCGGUUAGGUACACAAGAUACAUGUAUUUAAUUUGACCAUAAGAAUUGCAGCCUCUUAUGUGUAGAAAUAUUAACACAGGACGAACAAAGUGAGUUUGAUAUACAUAGACUAUGUAUAUAAUAUGAACAAUAUGCCAGAAUUAUAAGGAUAAUGCAAGUGAAUACCCGGUAAUAUUAAAAAAAUAAAUGAAACAAUAUCUUUCAUAUGUACAUGUAAAUAGUACUUUUAUGAAAUAUUUAUUCAUUAAACCGUCAGCGUUUAUACUUAUACACGUAAAAACCUGUUAUUUACAUGAUUAUGUCAAUUUAAGUGUCGUGGAUAAUUUCUUUCACACUUUUAUCGCUAAGAAACACAAAAUUGAGGAAAUCUUUGUAACAUAUAAAAAUAUAAAGAUACGGUAAGAACUGAAGUACAUUGUAGAUAUUUUUUUUUUAAAAAUAAAUUCUAGUCCGAGAUUUGAAAAAAAAUAACUGUAAAUUCAAAUGUAUAUAAUAUAUACAUGUAGUACCAUAUUGUGUUCAUGUUUAUUAUGACUGUAUAUAUCUUGGACAUUAUAAUUUGUCAAAUUUUUCAUGUGCUUUUAUUCAUAAACAGUAAUGUGCAGUACAACUGCUUUAAACCCGCUGUAAAUGUUUUAGUCACAAGUCAGCCAACACCAGUAUUUUUGAUAUUGAUGCUUCGCCAUCUGAUGCAAGAUUUACGAAACCAAAGUACAGUUUCAUGUAUUUUUGACUUCUGUAGUUCUGUGUGGUUAAUUGUUUCUUUGAAGUUCGUCUAAAAUAAAGUAAAACACUCGGUCAGCACAGUCUUGAUUUUACUGAAAAUUACUAAGGUCACAUUUAUGAAAUGGUUGUAUCAGUGUUCGUAUUUACAACGCUGAUGGUUAUUUUUUCCCCGUUUUUAUAUGACGUCAAGCAUUAGCUCUGUGAGCAUAUAUAUUUUUUUCUUUUUUUUUCCUUGUGCUUGAUGUGUUAAAGUCAAGUUUGUUUUAAUAUUGUCAGAAAACAACUGGCCGUGGACAAGACAGAUUUUAUUUCUCCAGUAUUUUUCAAAUUUUGAACGUUGUACUUUUUGUGCUUUUGUAUAUUUUCACAUUGAUCAAUUGUACUUUGUGCUUUUGUGUAUUUCCACAUUGAUAAAUGUCAUCAGUUUCAUUUGUGCUAUACAGUGAGUGCUAUCUCAAAAAUGUGAAGCGUAAAAAAGAAAUGUUUUGUUUUAAAAUUGCCCAUAAUUCUUUACAUAAGCAAUUUAGAGAAAAUAAUGAAAGAUAAGGUAACUUUUAUACAUAAACAAUUUAGAAAAAAAUAAUGACAGAUAAUGAAAGAUUUUUCAAUAUUUUUCUAUUAGCUGAGACUUUGUUUUAUGGUCUGUAUGCUGAAUGAUUUUAGUAUUAUUUAAAUGAACUAAAACCUGGGGUGAUUUUAAGUAGAACAGAUUGUAUGUGUAUCAUAAUUUUUAACUGAUAAACAUCUUUUUCUUUUAACUCUAAUUUCUGCUGGCUAGCAAUAUGCAAAUAUUUUAUGAGCUUCACUGUUUUAUAUUACGUUUUUUGUCUUACACAGAUGCAGGUAGCUAUUAGUUAUUGCUAGAUCUCUCAUGAUUGUGUACUAUAAUUGAUGUGUUCACUUUAAACAUGCGUUUUCUGCUAUUAUUUUCAGUUUUUUGCCAUGUUUCUGUUUAUUUUUAUUGUUUAAUAAAUUGGUGCACUUUAACGGCAAA